GCCUCAGCGCAUCGGUUCCCAAGUUAUCUGAACAUCUGGAAUCUAGGAUCAGUUUCCAAGCCUGUGGCGGGAUUCAAAAAGGACUGGAACGUAAAACUCUUCCCCGGAAGCCCGCACGACCUUGUGAGGUCUGGUCCUCCUGAGGACCACAACCUCUCAGUCUCGCCCUAAGGACAACGGUUCGGGCAGGUUCGUCAUUUCCACGAAGAUCCCGAGGUCCCGAGUACAGCCGGUUUCCGUGGUCACCCGGCUAAGGCCGGAGGCGCUUUGGGAGCUUCAGCCGAGGCCUGCAAGGCGCUCGAUUUCCCCCACUCCCCCCAAAAGAGUCUAACUAUGGCGGCCUGGAAGGACCACCGGCAGGUGUCUCUGACCUUUGAAGAUGUAGCCGUGGCUUUCACCCAGGAGGAGUGGGGGCAGCUGGACCCUGCUCAGAAGAUUCUGUACCAAGAGGUGAUGCUGGAAGUCUCUGGGUUCCUGGUGUCUCUGGGGUGUCCUGUUCCCACACUGAAGCUACUGGAACAAGGGCAGGAACCAUGGGCAGUGGCAAAGUCCCUCUCCCAAAGCACCUGUUCAGGUGACAGUGGAAAAACCAAGGCCAUAGGACCUACCACAUCUAAGCCACAGCUGUUUGAGGCAACCUCAUUCCAGGAACAGUCAGCACCAAGAACCCCAGAAGGCUUGCAGUGGGUGCCAACCAAAGGCCACGAUGAUGCAUCGGAAGUUCAGGAAAGGCUCUGCAUACAAGAGACAGAGGCCCAGGAGGAGAAGCUUUCUGGGAAAAUGAGUCCUAUACCAGAUGAUGUAGGGACAGCUGAGGAAUUGUGUCCAACGCUCAUACAGGAGGAAGAGGAAAUGGUCUUCAAAUGCAGAGACUGUGGGAAGGCGUUUAGUAAGAAAAACCUUCUUGCUUCACAUGAGAAAAUCCACUCUGGAGUAAAGCCCUAUGAGUGUACAGAAUGUGGGAAGACCUUCAUAAAGAGCACCCAUCUCCUUCAGCACCAGAUGAUCCACACUGGGGAGAGGCCCUACGAGUGUCUGGAAUGUGGGAAGGCCUUCAACCGCAAGUCCUACCUUUCCCAGCACCAGCGGAUCCACAGUGGGGAGAAGCCUUAUACGUGCAGCGAGUGUGGGAAGGCCUUCACACACCGCUCUAACUUUGUCUUGCACGGCAGGAGGCACACUGGAGAGAACUCGUUUGCGUGCACAGAAUGUGGACAAGUCUUUCGACACAGGGGCGGUUUCCUUAGGCACUGUGUCAGUCAUGGUGGAGAGGACCCGUACGAGUGCUUUGAGUGCGGACAGGUCUUUAAGCACAGGUCCUACCUCAUGUGGCACCAGCAGAUGCACACUGGGCAGAAGCCGUACGAGUGCAGUGAGUGUGGGAAAGUCUUCCUGGAGAGCACAGCCCUGGUCCACCACUAUGUGAUCCACACCGGGGAGAAGCCCUUUGAGUGCCUCGAGUGUGGCAAGGCCUUCAACCACAGGUCCUACCUCAAGAGGCACCAGCGCAUCCACACUGGGGAGAAGCCGUUCGUGUGCAGCGAGUGUGGGAAAGCCUUCACCCACUGCUCUACUUUCAUCUUGCAUAAAAGAGCCCACACUGAAGAGAAGCCCUUUGAGUGCAAAGAAUGUGGGAAAGCCUUUAGCAAUCGGAAAGACCUCAUUCGCCACUUCAGCAUCCACACUGGGGAGAGGCCCUAUGAGUGUGCCGAGUGCGGGAAGGCCUUUGCCCUCAUGUCUGGUCUUACGAGGCACAAGCGGAUUCAUAGUGGGAAAAAGCCUUUUGAAUGUAUUGAGUGCGGGAAAUCCUUCUACUGGAGCACAAACCUCAUUCGCCACACCAUCAUCCACACUGGGGAGAAGCCAUAUAAGUGCAGUGACUGUGGGAAGGCCUUCAGCCGCAGCUCAUCCCUCGCUCAGCAUCAAAAAAUGCACAGUGAGAGAAACCAUGCCGGUGUGUCGCAUGAGGGACCUCUCACAACCGUGCACACCUCAGUUACCCUCCAAGAACUCCUUCUAGGCAAAGACUUCUUGAAUGUAACCUCUGAGGGAGAUCUUUUGUCACAAGAAACAAAUUCCUCAGCAUCUGAUUGUUUAUACCAAAGAGAAACUCCACAAGUGUCUUGAUCAUAAAGAGAGAAUAAAAAGCUCCUGUCGCAGAAUCUUCUCCAUCAUCCGAAGACCAACAUCAGCAGCAGACCCAAUUUAUAGCUGUAUUUUCCCUGAAGCUUUACCCAGGAAAGAGACCCAUGGUUUGGGGCUUUGGAAUUUUGUUUUGUUUUCGCAUAGGAAAAGCUUCAGCUGCAUCUCUCUCCUAGUUUACACUGCAGUGUUAGCUCAGGAAUUGGUUUACAGAGGAACAGAUGUAAACAAAAAUAAAAACAGGUCUCUUCAGACCUCCCUGCCAAAUCUCUGACACUUCAUUAUUGAUUCCUUAGCUUAUUUGGAGUUAGGUGGGUGUUUCAGAGGUACAAGGCCUUCCGCCCUUUUUGUGUCUUACGUAUUCAUUUGUUGCUGUUCAGUUACUACCAGAGUUAGCUGGGAACAAGCCUGUAAAUGUGUGUUUGUUUUUGUGUCUUAAGAUAAUUUCUUUAUUCUUGAGAUCUAUAGCUUUUAUGAGGGGGCAUUUGAGUCAUAAAAAUAUUUCCUAUUUAAGGGAAUGAGGAUCCAUAAGUUUCCUAAGUAUAUCUGUAUUUUUGAAAAUCCAAUAGUUUUUUCUUAAUUUUCUUUACCAAGAUGUAUCUUACUAUGUGUGUGUAAGCCUAACUGCUGAGCCAUCUCUACCCUUUAAUCAUAUAAAUACACAGCGUUCUCAUAGCAUACAGCUGAAAUUUUUGCCCUUUUUUGUGGGAUGCAAAUCAUAAAGCCUGUGUUUUCAGCUGACUCAGACAUUUCUCAGGGUAAAACAAAAUGCAGUGGGGUUGGGGAACUCUUGUGAGAUAGCUCAGUGGUUCAGAGCAAUUCUAGAACACAGCGUCCCCUCUCCCAACAAAGCUUGUCCUCAGGUCUAGGGAUAUCAUUUAGGGGUUAAGUGUUACUCAUGUAGGGUUGGGAGUUGGGGUGGAAAUUAUGUCAGCCCAGAGAUCUCCUUGAAAAAAAAAAGGGAAAAUUGGAUGGGAUAGUAGGCAGAUUAGUAUGAACUUACACUAAUAAUUCUGAGGAAUAGAGUGAAUACUUGUAAACUAUUAUUUAUGGACAAUUUACAUUUGUAUAAAUUUAUAGGUUCUUUUUUUUUUUUUUUUUUCGAGACAGGGUUUCUCUGUAGCUUUAGAGGUUGUCCUGGAACUAGCUCUUGUAGACCAGGCUGGCCUCAAACUCACAAGAGAUCCACCUACCUCUGCCUCCCGAGUGCUGGGAUUAAAGGCGUGCGCCACCACUGCCUGGCUGAUUUAUAGGUUCUUGUAUAUUGAUACAAGUUCAAAUUAUAUUUGUGCUCCUAUUUCUGUUUACAAUAUUUGUACACCUAUGCAGAGUAAUUUUGUCAGAUUGUAUGCAUGUGCGUUUCUACCUCUGCUUAAGAUAUUUUGUAUAUUGAUAUAAUUUUAGGAAUAGUUAUCAUAUUACAUUAUAUAUUUCUACCUCUGAUCAAGAUACUUAAUACAUUGUUUACAUUUUGAGGUCAUUGUCCUCAUUUACUGUACAGUUGUUUAAAGAUUAUUUAAUAUUCUGACUUGGUCUUCACUUAUUAAUACGUAUUAAUAUAAUACGUAUUAAGUAUAUUAUAGGUCAAUAAGUCAUUCGUGUUUGUCAUACUUAUAGUCAGACUAAUUAGGUUCUUCAGAUACAUAGAGAUUGUAUUCUGCAUAGAUAGGUAAUUUUCAACCACUUCAAAGAGCUGUAGAAUAUGACAUUUAAAUAACUUAGGGUUCUGUUGACGUGAGACAGGAUUGCUCCUGGCAGCACCAAUCUAUUCCUGAGAGAGUGUUGAGCACCAGGCACUCCACUUGGAGUUUGUUUUCUUCUUGGCACAAUUGGCCUUUGGGCGAGGAACUGCCCAUGCCUUGGCCACUGACAAAGUGCACAGUGUCUGGACUGGACAAGUAGGAUACAAGAAGAAAGACUGCCAAAUCUUGCCAAGACAGGGUAAGAGGGUUCUGAAAAUUUUCCUGCCUCUGAAAAUGGUCUGUCAGUUACUCUAGGCCUUAGCCAAAGAUGGUUGCUUCCACAUUGCAAAAUGACGUUGAGUGAUUGCCCAGGUAGCAGCCAGUUAGUUGUCUCUCUCAUCUAACACACAUUUUGGAAGUUACUUCAUUGCACUUCCUGCCUACUCAAGUAAUAUUAUUUCCCUUCUCACACCUUCGAUGGGGUUGAAGAUUAGUCAUAGUUACCGUCCUCUUAUGAUCUAGCUAAGCCCUUUCUCUCUCUCUCUCUCUCUCUCUCUCUCUCUCUCUCUCUCUCUCUCUCUCUCUCUCU